UUGUCAUGCCUCAAAUAUGUGGGUAUUCUCUUGGUUUUGUGCCAUUUUAAUUAUUUUGGCUAUUGCUGGUGUGGACACAAUAGUAAAGACCACACCAUAUACCAAAUUUACGAAGAAGUUGGAGGGAAAAGAGAUGCCAAAGGGUCCAAAGCCAUCCAGUGGCCAACCUCCAGAAGAAGAAGAAACUCCCUUCACAGAAGCGGCUGAAAUGGCAGAACCAACCCCUGACCCCUCAGCUUUCAAUUCUGUCUUUGGUGCUGCCACCCUCUUCCCCUCUGAAAACCUCACUCUUGACACAGCUGAUUUCUUCUUGAAUUGCUGUGAUUGUUGUUCAUCUGGACCAGGGCAAAAAGGAGAACCUGGAGAGACUGGAAAACCAGGUUUUAAGGGAGAAGCUGGUGAUAUGGGGAUCCUAGGGCCACCAGGAGUCACUGGACCCCAAGGUCCAAAAGGCCAGAAAGGAGAGAAGGGACUUAAGGGAGAACGUGGGGAACAAGGAACAAAUGGAGUUCCAGGAUACCCAGGAAAACCUGGAGAACCAGGUGGACUUGGUCCUAAGGGGGAUAGAGGAAACAUUGGCCUGGCAGGAGUGAAAGGACAAAAAGGCUCGAAGGGGGACACGUGUGCCAAUGGUACCAAAGGAGAGAAAGGAGAUAAAGGAGACCGAGGGGCUGUGGGUGCACCAGGCUUGAAUGGAGAGUCUGGGGCCAAGGGAGACAAGGGGGAGAUGGGGGAUAAGGGCUACUGUGGAGAUUCUGGGGAGAGGGGGGGAAAAGGAGAAAAAGGUGAGGAGGGCAUGAAAGGAGAAAAAGGUAGCAAAGGAGAUAUUGGAACGGAAGGGAAAAGUGGUUCAGACGGGCUGCCUGGGGCCCAAGGUGAUCCAGGAGUUAAAGGAGAAAAGGGAGAGUUGGGUCCUCCUGGUCUUGUGGGACCUGCAGGGCCAAAGGGUGAACUUGGAAGCAAAGGGGUCCGAGGGUCUAUUGGGAAGAAGGGCUCUCGGGGCCUCAAGGGCUCCAAGGGGGAGGUGGCCAGAGUCCCACGGUCAGCUUUCAGUGCUGCUUUAUCCAAGCCUUUCCCUCCUCCAAAUGCCCCUAUCAAGUUUGACAAGGUUCUCUAUAAUGACCAAGGGAACUACAGCCCUGUCACUGGGAAAUUUAAUUGUAGUAUUCCUGGGGCAUAUGUUUUUUCCUACCACGUCACCGUGAGGGGCCGACCUGCUCAGAUCAGCCUGGUGUCCUGGAAUAGGAAGCAGUUCAAGUCCAGAGAAACGCUCUAUGGUCAUGAAAUAGACCAGGCUUCUCUCCUCAUCAUCUUGAAAUUAAAAGCAGGGGACCAAGUCUGGCUGGAAGUUUCAAAAGAUUGGAAUGGGGUGUAUGUCAGCGCUGAGGAUGAUAGCAUUUUUACUGGGUUCCUUUUGUACCCAGAGGAAAACCCUGGCAUUUCACCAUAAACUUGUAUCUUCAACACUGUAGUUUGGGUUUAGUGGAAUAAGUCAGGUAACAUUGGGUAGUGCUAUUGAAAAAAAUAACCUUCAUUUUUUUUCAUGAUUAU